CGCUUCGCUUCUUGGCGUCCAAGCCUCACUCAAGCCACCCGCUCAUCACAUCCACUCUCUCUCUCUCCUCAUCUCCGCUCCGAACUUCGUCGCCCCGUCUUCCGACUUCCCGUCUUCCGACGCCGCCGCCCCCACGUCCUCCCGUUCCUCUAAUCCCCUCCCCCUUCCCGCUCGCGCAGCACUGCGCAGCACAUAGCGUCCGCCUGUCAAUCAAACACUAACCCUCCCUUCAUUCUCUCAUUCGUCCGCACGGCCCCUCAUCUUCUCCUUUCUUUCAAUCUCCCCACCCCCUCCACUCGAUCCACUCAAGCACACAUCAACGUGCAUCAAAGUACACGCCAUGCCGCCCCAUGAGUCUACGCCCCUCCUCGGAGACCACCACACCGAUGACAGUGACAAGUUUAACAUUGUCAAAUCCACCCGCUGGCUUCUCUUCAACUCAUGGCUCAAUGUUUUCCUCAUCGCGGUCCCAGUUUGUCUCGUCGCAGAGGCUCUCCACUGGAGUGCCGUCGCUAGAUUCGUUACCUCGUUCAUCGCCAUCAUCCCCCUUGCCAAGCUUCUUGGCGAUGCCACCGAGCAACUUUCCAUGAAGAUGGGUCAGACCACUGGUGGUCUUCUUAACGCUACCUUUGGCAACGCCGUGGAGCUCAUUGUAGCCAUCGCUGCUCUUCUUCAGAACCAGCUUGACCUUGUUAAGACCUCUCUCCUCGGUUCGGUCCUGUCCAACCUCCUCCUGGUGCUCGGGAUGAGCUUCUUCGCAUCUGGCUUCUACUUCUACGAGUCUACUUUCCAGGUCACUGCUGCGCAGGCCAGCUCGUCGCUCCUCACUCUGUCGUGCAUCACCCUCAUCAUCCCCGCUGCGUACCACGCCUCGGAGGCCGAUGGCAAGACCUGGUCCUUCAGCCCUGGCACCGACCCCGAGCCAGCCCCGUCGUCUAACCUUCUCAUCCUCUCUCGCGGCACCGCCCUCAUGCUUCUUGGCACCUACAUUGCCUACCUCAUCUUCCAGCUGCGCACGCACUCGGGUCUCUUCGAGGCUGAGGAGGAGGAGGAGGAGAUUCCAGACAUGGACAAGUACAGCGCCGGCGUUUGGCUUCUCAUCGUUACCGUCAUCACCGCCUUCGCCGCCGACACUCUUGUUGGCAGCAUUGACGAGACUGCUGAGCAGUGGCACCUUCCUCCUCGCUUCAUUGGUAUCAUUCUUCUUCCCCUCGUCGGUAACGCUGCUGAGCACGUCACCUCCGUCUGGAUGGCCUGCAAGGGCAAGAUGGAGCUCACCAUUGGUGUGGCCGUUGGCUCGUCCAUCCAGAUUGCAGCUGGCAUGAUCCCCCUUCUCGUGAUCAUCGCUUGGCCCUUCCACCGUGACCUCACCCUCUUCUUCCACAACUUUGACACCAUCAUCAUGUUUGUCUCUGUGUUGCUUGUCAACCUCCUCCUCCAGGACGGCCGCACCAACUGGCUCGAGGGGCUGAUGCUCAUAAUCCUCUACGCGGUCAUCGCCCUCAGCUACAUCGUUGCCUGAACAACUUUCGCGUGCCCAAGUUAAAUGACUGUACUGUCGCAGGAUACUCUCCACCCGCCGGUGUAUCAAAGCCACAUUGUGCUCUAAUGCUCCCUUCACCUUCCGCCUUCUAAAUACCCUCUCAAGCACGAAAGAGAUUGGUACUGAAAUGCAUUAUUCCUGUCUUUGCGAU